UCAUCUCCACUCGACUGCUGUAGGUAAACUAUCUUUUAGUACCAUCGUUUGUUUCUUUAUUACUUUCCCCUCCCCCGUUGUAUGGGACCAUGUUCAUAAUAAUCACUUAUUUCGGUAGAUUUCCCAAAGUCUGGUAAGCCCGCUGUCUUCAAGCCUGAACUUCGAGUGAGCCAGUUCCCUGAUUUCAUGCAAAAGAAGGAUAAGCCUUCGUACAAAUCAGAAAAAGUGUUGGGCAAAAUCUUCCGUGAAAUUGACAAGGCGGAUUACAAGAAUUAUCAAUCCACCUUGACGCAGGAAACAGUAUACGACACGAGGAUGAUAGUCCCAGACAUGGAACUCUACAUCGCCGAAGCAAGAACACUCAAAACUCAGUACAAUCGGCAGCUUUAUGCUCAUAUGAAUCACUAUGGUAUACAAACGGAAGCUGAAGUUUGCUCUGGAUUCAUCAUCAAAUGGCUCAAGAGCGGUAAAAACAAGUCAAAAUAUGAACAACAUGAUUACGCCAUGAAAGUCAUCAAUAACUUCAAAUCUACAUGGAAAAAGAGGUUUGAACAAGAGUUCUUGGAUGCAAGCAAGACAAUUGAUAAGAGUAGAAAACAUUACAUUGAUGCUAAAGCUGCAGCGUGGUAUUAUGUUGCUUACCACCCAGAUGAACGUAUGAAAGACAUGUCGGUGGAAGGUGGUUUCUUCAGCUUUCCUUGGUGCGUCUAUGAAUAUAUCUGUGAUGUCGCUAAGCGAAACAAGCCGAAAGAAAAAGUGAAUUAUCCAACGAUUGAUGAGGAAAGCAUAAAAGAAGGUAUAAAAAAAUUGGCUAUUCUACGAAAUGAUGCGGCUGUCAUUGAUGAUGACGAAGAGGACGAUAUGUUUGACGAUGAGGACGACCAUGAUUAUGAUACCUUGGAUGAAUCUUCCGAUGAUGAGGUCAUCAUUGCUCCCACACCCGGCCGUUCCUCUAUUCAUAGAGUUUUAUCAGCAGCUGGCAAACCCGUCAUCUCUCAAGCCAAUUCUGGUAACCGUGGAUCUCAGGACAAGACAGCAUCCCAGACUCUUACUUCUACGAGUGCAAGCCGUCAAACUGUUCUCCAUGCAGAUGCCACGGAGGAAGAUAUAGUGGCUGCUCUGUUGGGCAACACUUCCAUGUAAAACGUUGUAGCAUACCAUGAUCACUUCUGCACUUUGUGCGUUUGAAAUAUGUUACCCCACUGUUGAUAUCACUGCUCAAUACACCACAAUUAGAAUAAAGAAUUAUUGAAUUGUAUACCCUCCAUUUUCUUUCACGUGAAAUUUUAAAUAAACAUGGGUACAGAAAUAAUUCUUUUUGAACAUGUGCGAAAGAAGCUCUAACGAAGUAACAGUAUUGUU